ACCAAUCAUAUAAUUCAUAUCUCUCUCGUAAUAUAUGAAAUCAUAUAUAAUUUCUCUCAUCACAUCCCAAAACCAAACAACACAAAAAGGGAAAAAAUACUAAGGCAACUAGUUUAUAGAAUGGAGAAAAGAGAGGACCUCUACCCAAACUACUUCGUCCAAAGCCCUUCAACGGUUAUCAAUGACCCCGAAUCCGAAUUCCAAUCGUCGACUCGUUCUGACUCAGCGCCAUUGGUCUUAGCCUGCGUCGAUGAAUUCCAAAGGCACUCAGAUUUCUUGAGAAACCCUGAAAACAAAUUCUUGUAUGAGGACGAUGAGAAAAUGUUGGUGCCAUUGCGGAGCUCCAGUUCGGGUUGGUGGAUCGUUCUGCAAGUAGGUUGGAGGUUUUUGUUUAGCUUAGGAGUGGCAUUGCUUGUCUUCUACAUUGCUACUCAGCCUCCUCAUCCUAACAUUUCUUUUCGAAUUGGAAGGUUUAAUCAGUUCAUGUUAGAAGAAGGUGUUGAUUCACAUGGAGCGUCGACUAAGUUCCUCACUUGCAAUUGCUCUAUCAAGCUCAUAGUAGAUAACAAGUCUAAUGUUUUCGGCCUUCACAUUCAUCCUCCAUCGAUCAAAUUAUUCUUUGGCCCACUCAACUUUGCAAAGGCCCAAGGACCUAAAUUAUAUGCGUUGAGCCAUGAGUCAACAACAUUUCAACUAUACAUAGGAACAAAGAACCUAGCAAUGUAUGGUGCAGGAAGAGAGAUGGAUGAUAUGCUUCACUCGAGAGCUGGAUUGCCUCUAAUACUGCGGAUAAGCAUAAUUUCCGACUUUCGAGUUGUCUGGAAUAUUAUUAACCCUAAGUACCAUAACAAGGUCGAGUGUUUAUUGCUCCUUGGUUACAACGAGAGGCACAUCGAGAUUACGAUGAUAAGAGAAAAAUGUAGAUUGGUAUCUUAAUCAGAGAUUAUAUCCAAAGCCUAAGGGCAUUGGAGAGUGCAGGAAAUAAAAUAAUAAUAGAUGCCAUGAUUAACUUAUGUAAUAUUGUCAAAGUUUUUUCUGGGAGAAUUGUAAUUUUAUGAGUUCACUAUCGGAUCGGUCCAUAUUUUGAGUUGUAUUCAAAUGGGGCACGCCAUUUGUAUUCAGAGUUAUAUAUGUUGUUGAUAUAUUGUUA